UUCAUCGCGGCUUCCUGGCCCGCGGCUGGGCGGGCGCGGAGCGCAUAAAAGCAGCCCUCAGCAGGCAGCUCCGGCAACAAAUGCCGCAGCACCGAGCAAGAGUCGCUCCCGCGAGACAGAGAGAGAAAACAAGCAGGAUGCCUCAGCCGUCGAGCACGACCCCCUCCGCCUCCCGGAGCCUGGUCUGGGCUGUGACCCUGGCGGGGCUGGUGGCCCUAUCUUGGGCGUCCGCGGCGCCCCCUGCCCGGCCGGGUGUCUCCCGCGUGUCGCGCCUCUCCACCGACUUCGGCGUGCGCGUCUUCCGCGAGGUGGCCGCGGCCUCCGGCGAGCGCAACGUGGCCUUCUCUCCCUACGGCGUCGCCUCCGUCCUGGCCAUGCUGCAGAUGGCCGCCGCCGGCGAGACGCGGAGACAGAUCCAGGACAGCAUGGCUUUCAGCCUCGACGAGUGGGGCAUCCCCAGAGCCCUGCGUUGGUUGCAGAAGGCCCUGACAGACCCCAGGAACAAAGAUGUCGUGGACACAGCCGAUGCCCUCUUUGUGCAGAGGGACCUGGAGCUCAGCCCAGGCUUCAUGCCACACUUCCACCGGGUCUUCCGCCAGACGGUCAAGCAGGUGAACUUCACAGAGAGUGAGGAAGCGCGCAGGAUCAUCAACAGCUGGGUGCAGGACCACACGAAAGGGAUGAUCCAGGACUUCCUGCCCCAGGGGACCUUGGACCACAUGACCCGCCUGGUCCUGGUGAACGCCAUCCACUUCAAGGGCCUCUGGAACCUGCCCUUCCCAGAGGCGGCCACCAGGGAGCGCCUCUUCCACAAGCUGGACGGGAGCACCCUCUCAGUCCCCAUGAUGGAGCAGACGGCAAAGUUCAACUACGGUGAAUUCUCCAGCUCUACAGGUGUGGAGUACGAUGUCAUCGAGCUGCCCUACCAGGGGGAGACCCUCAGCAUGCUCAUUGCCGCCCCCUUCGAUCUGGACACCCCGCUCUCUGCCCUGACCAACAUCAUCGACUCUCAGCUGGUGGCCGAAUGGAAGAGGAACAUGACGACAGUGACGAGGCUUCUGGUCCUACCCAAAUUCUCCUUGGAGAGUGAAGCUGACCUCCGCAGGCCCCUGGAGACCCUGGGGAUGAAGGACAUGUUCGACACAAGAAAAGCCAACUUCAGCAGCCUAUCAGACCAAGAAUCCCUCUUCGUGGCUCAAGCCCUGCAGAAGGUGAAGAUCGAUGUGAAUGAGAGCGGGACGGAGGCCUCCUCUGCCACAGCUGUCAUCAUCUAUGCCCGGAUGGCCCCCCUGGAGCUUGUGAUGGACAGGCCCUUCCUCUUCCUCGUGCGACACAACCCAACCGGCACCAUCCUGUUCAUGGGGCAAGUGAUGGAGCCCUGAGUGCCCCCGCCUUGUUCAGCCAGAAUCUCUCAGGAGCUGGAAGAAGCUAUUGCUCCUUUUCUGUUCCUCUCCCUCUACAUUCCUCCCCCACCCACCCACAAAGAGAGUCCGCCCUGCUGCUGAGCGGCAGCACCAGGCCCAGCACCCUCUCACACCCCCAGGGAAGAAGCCUCAGUUGGUCUUUCGGCUGGGAAGAGGCUCCCCCCCCUGAAGACCCCUCUGCCCCCUGGGAGACUCGCUCUUCGGAAAGAUGAGACUCCAACCACGAUGUCUGCACAGCCGCUUCUGCCUCCGCCAGAGUCUUCCUUGCGGUGGGGGGGGAGCAACAAAGCACCCCUUGCUCACCCUUGGCUGGGGUGGGGCUGUGGCGAUGCCAAUAAAUCCCCGGGUGAUGUGUGCCCCCUACCUCACACUGGACUAGAACCCUGCCCAGUCAGGGCUUCAUGUGAUGUUUACGCCGGAGUAGAGCAGGGAUCUGCCUUCUCCUCUUUAUUAUUAUUAUUAUGUAUGCAUGUAUGUAUGUGUUUGGAGUGGGGGGGAUGAGGGUUGUGUGUCCCCCCCCCCAUUGGAUGUGGAUGGGUGGGGUAGGGGGGUGCAGAUCAGCACUUUGAAUACGUCCGUUCUCCUUCUGCACUGCCGAGAUGGACAUUUGUUGUGAAGUAUGUUUUAACAGAGAGGCUUCCUGUUUGCAUUUAAUGAAAUAUGUUGUUGGGGUGAUGAGGAUGAGGGACCCAGGUGGCGCUGUGGGUUAAACCACAGAGUCCAGGUCUUGCUGAUCAGAAGGUCGGCGGUUCGAAUCCCUGCAACGGGGUGAGCUCCCGUUGCUCAGUCCCAGCUCCUGCCCACCUAGCAGUUCGAAAGCACAUCAAAGUGCAAGUAGAUAAAUAGGGACCAUUCUGGCGGGAAGGUAAACGGCGUUUCCGUGCGCUGCUCUGGUUCGCCAGAAGCAGCUUUGUCAUGCUGGCCACAUGACCCGGAAGCUGUCUGCGGACAAACGCCGGCUCCCUCAGCCUAUAGAGCGAGAUGAGCGCCGCAACCCCAGAGUCGGACACGACUGGACCUGAUGGUCAGGGGCCCCUUUACCUUUAUGUUUAUGGGCAACCUUCCCCUCCUCCUCUUGUGCCCCCACCCCCAGGAAGGGCAGCAUCUCUCCCGUGGGGCUGGUGGAGCGAAUCGCUCAUUGCCCUUCCAUCUUGCAAGAUGCCAGCACUGGUUGCUAUGCUACGGAUUCUGCAAUCUCUGUGGCACAUAGAAGCUCUCCUGAGAGUCCUUUUGCCCAGACCCCAAGAGCCGGGGGGGGGUCUUCUCCAAGCAAAAAACCAAAGCCUCUCUUUCGGAAAAUUUGCCGGCUUCAAGGCAAGCCUGCCGUGACCCGGACGGGCGCAGAGGCUGCUGCAAAUGGCACCAUGCCAGCAGCGUUUGCCAGCCUGAGGGCCCCCCCUCCCACUUCUGCUUAAUGGCUCUUUGGCCCGAAUUCCCCCAUCCUUGUGAUUUCCCAGGACAGCUUCCAGUUAAUUGUAAAAAUGGCACUGGGAUUGCUGAGCCCAGCAGACGCCGCUCUCUGGGCCCAGAGGCGUUGGCUCCCCUCCAAGUGGAUAAUCCCCUCCGGAUCUGCUGAGCUGGGCGGCUGCUGGGGACCCCCAGCAAGGGCCCUCGAAGGCUGAGCUUGGUACAAAUGGAGGGGGGGAGGUAGAGGGCACCCCCCACAUAGGUGGGGAAGGACGUCCCAAAGGAUAGCUGGUUUUGUGCUGUGUUGGCACUGAAAGAAUGCAAACUGGAUGUAUUUUGGGAGCAAGUCAAUUCUGAGCGCCCCCCCUCCCCAAGAAGUAAAGGUGCCAGCAUUUAGAUAUUUAAUUGGGGCUUGGGAGUCACCUUGAGUUUCAGGUGCCCACUGGUUUUAGCUGACUCAGGAGCAUCAAUCUGUUGCGAGAGGCUCCCCAGGGUGCUACGUGUUUGAGAAGGACGUCUAUUUUUUCCUCCAUUGACCAAUUGCCCCACGGCUAUUCUGUGCCUUGCACUUAGAGGUCUUGCCUCCCCAGCCCCCUUGUGCUGCCUCAAAAACCAGUAUUUAUACAAAGAGAUCUAAUUCUAUUCCUAGAGGAGGUUAUUUUUUCACUUUUCUUGUCGAAGCUGUACAGAAAUCUGAUUUAUAUUUGUAUAUAUAAAUAUUUCUAUACGUGUGUGUUUGCGGGGAGAGUAUUUUGCAUUCUACUUUUGAUAGGAAAUAAAAACACUAAGACCACCCUGGCAGCUGUGUGUGUUCUGAAUUUUCUCUUGCGCAAAACGGGUCCUGAUCCUUGGCUUCUCCUACACCCCGGCAAGCCCAUUCCCAAACCUACAGGUUGGUGCUUCUGGGGUCACCCACAGACACCCCACUUCGCCCUUCCCUCCCACCCACCCACCAGGGGUGUUGCUGGCUUUCAACCCACUGCAGUCUCUGGCAUCCAGGGAACAGCGACUUGGUUUAUUGCCUACAAGCGACUAUAUAUAGGGCAGCCCUACG